AUGGGCAGCCACGUCGCACGAGCGGCUCUCAGCAAAGGAAAUUCUCAACAAGGUCGAACGGCGAUGAACGAAACAACAGAGGACGACGACGACGACGACGACGACGGGAUCUUGUCACUUAAUCUCGCUGAAAAGGACGAGUUGAUUAGUGGCCUACAGCAGCUAUACGACUCAAGCGAUAAAGCAGAGCAAGUGCGUCUACUCACAAUUGCACCUUACAACUGGGGACGCCAGAAGGUGCAAAGAUUUUUCAACACACCUGAGCGACAAGCUCGUCGUUCACGUGAACUUCGGGUAUCAGGUGGUUUUCUCGCCCAACCCGAAGAUCUCCGUGGUAACAAACCAUUAGAUGUAGUUACCGCUCAGGCCGUUAUCGAUUUCUUUGAACAGGAUUCAAUCAGCCGAGUUUCACCUAAGAAGGCGGACGUUAUAUUGGUGAAGAAACAACCUGUUGCUAAGCGUUUCAUGCUGUUAACUAUCGGUGAAGCCUUUGAAAAAUUCAAGAGUGAUUUCUCACAAUAUGAGAUAGGCAGAUCGCAGUUCUAUGCGCUAAGACCACGUCAUGUGAAGCCGAUGUCCCUACAUGACACCUGCUGUUGCGUGUAUCAUGAAAAUUUCGUCCUAGUUCUCAAAGCUUGGAAUCACCUCGACGAUGGACAACUCGACAGGCAGACUUUAUUCGAUCAGAUUCUGUGCUCGCCAGCAGCUGAUGCAUGCUAUUACAGAGAUUUCAGAACCUGCGGAAAUCAAUACCCAUCGGAUUACCUGUUGCCUAAUUUUCAUGGCGACACAGAUGAAGACACACAAUGGUCUCUUUGGAAGCGCACAGACAAUCGUGUAGCAUUGCAACAGAUGAAGGGAAGCGGCACACAAUUUGUGUAUUUUGCUCAGCGCUUCCUGGUAUCUAGGAUACAGGAGUUAGCACCCAAUGUUCAGUUGAUCAAUUACGUUACCGAUGGUGGACCCUCACACUUCAAGAAUCGACAGAGCAUUCUCAAUCUGACGUUCCAUGAUGUCGACUUCGGAGUACCUGCAGUAUGGUCGUUCAGCGCAACGUCACAUGGAAAAGGUCCAGUAGACGGACUGGGAGCAGCUCUGAAAUCGACCGCAACUCGAUAUUUACUUCGUCAUGGCCCAACCGAAGCAUUCAAGAGUGCCAGAGAAUUCUAUGAAUUCUCCAAGCAGCGACAAGACUCAACUGGAAAUCCAAUCGAACUACAGUAUGUCAGAUCAGAAGAGAUAGUGAAUCUGCAUCGUACGAAGAACGCACAAAGAUGGUCAAGUGUCAAUGGUACAUGGUCUGCAUGA